UUAAAAUGGGCAACAAAGCUGAAAAUUCUGACACAAAAGACGCUCAAAACAAAACAGCGUUGGACGAUGCGUGGGCGAUCCGGCCCUGUCAUCUGUACAAGGAUGAGUAUGAUGACUGCACGAGUUUCAAGGCACGAUUCCACCAAUACUUCAUAUUCGGCCAGGACAGCGAUUGUUCCCAGUGGCUGACAGACUACAAAAACUGCGAACGCUAUCACCAAUCAAAUGGUAACGACGUGGCGUCCGGUGCGGCUGUCAUCAAAAGCGAGGAGAAACGCCGCCAAACCCGAUUGCGGGCGCAUUUUGCCAACAACACAUGGGAAAAGCGUAAGCAGCCGCCAGCAGAUUGGGCCCAACCUCUGCCAGAAUGGCUGGAAAAGCGCAACGAAAACACGUAUCUGGAGCUGAAACAAAAAGAGCUGUCCGGCCUCAGUGUACCGCAGGAUGAGAAGGGUUCGCUUUGUGCAAUCAUGUGAAAAUAAAUAGAACUGAUAGAUCCUGAAAAGUUA